GGUUAAAAUUUGAGGAGCAAAAAAAAUGCAAAAAAAUAGUUCUGAUGAAAAAUUCAGUUAUAAAAGUUCAAAAAAAUAUAUAUCAAUAUCAUUAAAAUAUAUAAGAAUAUCAUUUGCAUCAUGAUAUCGUUUAGGCAAGGUGAGGCAGAAAUCCCUACGGUCAUAUUGACUGAAUGAUAAUUUUAUGAUCCGUAUAAAAUUUAAAUCCGCAUUGUAAACAACGAAAAAUGGUGGACAUCGUCACAUACAGAGCGAGGAUCGGGUGCUUUUCUACUAAGUCUGGUUUCGCGAUGGAUCUUGAAACACUUCGUGUGGUUGGUGUUGUCGGUUUCAUUGGCAUUUUGCUUUUCCUUGCGGGAGUUGAGUUGAACCCGGGACCAAUUGAGGUGGAUGACUUAUCAAUGGUUCUUUUACCUGAAAAAUGGUCUGGCCAUAUCGCAGCAAAAUCGACAGGCAAUGGCAACUGUUUGUACAACUCCUGUUCAUUGGCUCUUUGUGGUGACGAGACACUAGCUCCUAAUCUCCGCCACGCAGUUGCCCAAGAGUUGCAUAGCAAUGCGUCCAGAUACGGCCAAGAUCAUCCAUCGAUUAAAAGAAUUGUUCAAGAACAAAACAUGUCGCUUAGCGAUGUUGUGAUUUUGUUUCAAUCGGUGCUUUCAAACCCUGAUGAUGAACCCAUGUCUUUAACACUUGAAAACAUUUCUGAGUGUAUACAUGCCGAGGGGUUGAAAACGUACAAUGACAAACGAUGGGCAUCCAUUCUGCACGUUAUGGCACUCAGCACGGCACUUGGGAGAGAAGCUCGAUCGGUUUAUCCUGAUGUACCAUGGAAUUAUCGGGGUCUAUACAACACUAUUGUACAACCGGCUGGUGACAAAUCUUUCAAUUUUCCUGAACAGUACGAAACUAUAUCAAAGGAAACUAUCAUUAUAUUUUGGACUAGGGACGGAAAUAUGAGUCAAACAGAUCACAUGUUCGUACCAAAUCACAUAGUGCCGUUAUUCACAAAAGAGGCACAUGCAGAUAAAGAGAAAUCUGACGUUGAGAUUGUUAGUACUUCAACUAAGAAAAGAAAAAUUCAACACAAACUUGAUUCCUAUUUUGGUAUAUCUGUUCCCAGUAAGCCAAAUAACACAAAAACUAAUGCUGUCAUCAGCCCGAAUGUGUCGUCAGAGGUCAAAUCUAAUGAGGCGCCAUGUUUUACUCGAGGUGUUUGUCCAGAUUUAGCGACAUUAGUUUCCCGCCGAAAACAGUUAUCAGAAGAAGAGAAAUUAAACAUUCUUAACUUUAAUAUAAGACGCCCUUCCACAUACCCUUCAGACAAAAGUAGAAAGUUCAACAUUGCUUGGGAGUCCAAUUUUAAUUGGCUGCGAUAUUCAGUCAGUGAAAACGGAGUGUAUUGUGCUUCUUGCUUUGUUUUUGCGCAGACAGACGUGAGACAUGCUGAAUUCAUCUGCAAACCUUUCAAAGAUUGGAAAAAUGCUGUCGGGGAAAAAAGAGGAAUGCUUCCAAAUCAUGCUAAUUCAAAGACCCAUAUCAAUGCAACGACCGCAAGCGUCAUGUUUUUAAAUGUUUACAAAGGCACUGAAAAGUCCAUCAAAUCGUCAUUAAGUUCUGCCUAUUCAGAUCAAAUUUCCGAGAACCGACAUAUCCUCAAAGCCAUAAUUCAAGUGAUAACAAAACUGUCAUCCAGAGGAAUUUCUCUUCGAGGCAGAUGGUUGAAGGAACAACAUCGUGAAGACAGUAAUUUUAAUUUCUUUUUGGAGUGGAUGAGUCUGUAUGACCAAAAACUUUUUAAACAUCUGAAAAGUAGUCAAAAAAAUGCGAAGUACACUUCGCCGCAAUUUCAGAAUGAAAUAAUAACAUGUAUUGGAGAUUAUAUACGUAGUAAAAUAAUAUGCGAAGUUUCUAAAUCUUCAUUUUUUAGCAUCAUGGCUGACGAAACGACUGAUGUAAGCGUCACUGAGCAAAUGAGUGUUUGUGUCAGAUACAUUGUAGAUAAAGAAAUCCUUGAAGAUUUUAUUGGUUUCGUCGAAUUACCCAGGACAAAUGCAGAAACUAUUACUAAUAAAUUAGUUGAAACCAUGAAGCUUUGGAACCUGGACCUCACUAAAUGGCGAGGCAAAGGUUUUGACGGUGCAUCGACAAUGAGUGGUCAGGUCAGUGGGGUUCAAGCUCGGAUCACUAAUCUUUAUCCGCAUGCCAAAUAUUUUACACACUGUAAAAGUCAUUGCUUAAAUCUUGUAGUUGUGUCGUCAUGCAACAAAGUUCCGCAGAUUCGAAAUUUCAUGAAUACGUUCCAAGAACUAACUUUCUUUUUCCACAACUCUGCUAAACGUAAAACUAUACUAAGUAGACACAUGUCAGCGAAAGGUGCAGUGUCAGAUUUAUUAGCAGAUGCACCAGACUGUGAGGGGGAAGACGAAUAUGAAACUGCCCUAUUUGAAAAUGCGUCGAAGCGACAUACUCUACCAACACUUUCUGAUACUAGGUGGUUAUCUAGGAUCGACUCCAUAAGCACCCUACUCGUUCAUUAUGAGCAUAUCUAUGAUGCUCUCAGUGACGUAAUGGAGGAGUCGUCCGGUCAGUCAGCUGCCGACGCAUCAAGUUUUAUUAGAUCAAUUGAAAGUUUUGAGUUCAUUGUCGUCGCAUGUGUUACGCAAUUUAUAUUAGCCUUCAUAAGGCCCCUGUCCGUAAAUUUACAAUCUAAAUCUUGCGACUUAUUACAGGCGCACACUGAGGCUGCAACUCUAGUAAGUAUUAUGAAAUCAAUAAGAUCGAAAAACGAUUCAUUUGAAAAAAUCUAUGAUAGGGCAGCACGAAUUGCCCAACAAAUACAAGUAGUGCCAGAGAAGCCACGGAUCGCUGGUAGACAAAAACACAGAGCAAAUGCCGGGGAAAAUACAUCAGUGUUUGAUCAUUUUAAGUUAAAUCACUUUUAUCCAUUUUUAGACCACGUUAUACAACACCUUAAUUCUCGUUUUCCAAAAGAAUUAGGAGAACUGUUAGAAGGAACGUAUUUGUUACCGGGACACCAUGAGCACCUGACUAGUAGUAUUGAAGGAAAACUCAAACAAACAUUUUCAAAUGACCUUCCUAUGGCAAGUCAAUUUGAAACUGAAGUUAUUAGAUGGAAACAUAUUAAUCAAAACAGAAAAACACCUAUGUCUCUCCAGGAAGGGUUUGGCAUUUGUGAUAAAAACUAUUUUCCGAACAUAAAUGCAAUAUUUGAACUGAUUUUAAGUUUACCCGUUGGUUCAUGCUCUUGUGAGCGCAGUUUCAGUGCUCUGCGCAGACUCAAAACUUGGUCGAGGUCAUCGAUGAAGGACUCUCGUUUGAAUGGUCUGGCGUUGAUGAACAUUCAUAGAAACAUGUCACUUGACGUUGAAGAAAUAUUAAAAUUAUGGGAUUCUCCUGGACACAGGAGAAUCGCCUUGGCCUUUUCUUAGAACAAGAAAUAAACUACUAGUAAACUGA